AUGCAUAAAACUUUCCAACCACUCAAACCUGCUGCUAAUAAAUAUUUGCAAAAGAAAUGGGACCACAUGGAUUAUGAGGAGCAUCGCAAGAAGGUCAGGGAAGCAAAACCCACAGUGGACAUCAAAGGGAUUCAAACACCUACCCACAUUCAGUUAAAGUUAAAGAAAGUACAGGUUCAAAAGGAGAGGCAGGCCAUUAUCAACAGAGAUAACCAACUGCUGGAGACCAGACUGGCAGAUAUAAAAGGCUCUAAAGGACUCAUAGACCACAGGAACUUCUAUCCAGAGCGCAGCCUGAAUGCUGAGAGAAGGAGGCAGGAACUACAUCAGGUAACUCUUCAGAAUCAGGCAAUAUAUCAACGAAUCACAGCUCAGAAAUCAGAAUACAGACAAGAACUGUGGGAGGACAAUUGGGAAAGAACUUCGCAAAGACUAGACUCCAUAGCAUGCUAUCCUCGAGGAGUGGUCAAUAAACAGAAGUUGAAGAAGAGUGUAAAGUUUUUGGGAGGAGUUCCAGAACACAGUCAGAGCUCCUUCAGCUCAACAGAAUAUGGUGAAACCACAGAUGAAGAUCUCCAAUAUUAG